AUGCAGGAGCAGAGUGGGGAUGAUGACAGUCCGGGGGAAGAUGACAAUCCAGCACAUUUGGCCGAGGCUGUGUUUCGAGAUCUUGUGUGUCGAGCCUCAUAUCGUAACAUCAUGAAUGUUCUGUCUCCAGUUUUAGUCCAUUUAGACAAUCAUAAUCUAUGGGUACCAAAUGACUUUGCUGUCAGAGUGUUCAAAAUCAUCAUGUUUUCUGUCCAGAGUCAGCAUGCAUAUGUAGCUGUACUGAAAUUAUUGGACCAUUUAGAUGCUCACACAAAGGCCGAUCCUCGAAUUAAGACCUGUAUUGUCUCUGUUCUGUAUGAAGUUAUACUUAUAUCAGCUGGGAACUCCACAGGCCCAUCAGUAUUGGAAGUGUUUAACAAACUUCUGCGGCAUUUGAGAAUAUCUAUAGACAAAAAAAGUACCGACGAGAACCAGCGGCAGGAAGAAAUUAAGUUUGAGGAAGCAGUAGUUAACACCAUUGGUGAGUUUGCCAACAAUCUACCAGACUAUCAGAAAAUAGAGGUGAUGAUGUUCAUUCUAGGCAAGUUCCCCCAUUUCACAACAGAUGAUGAGAUUGGAAAAUUGGACAAACAGUUGGCAGUAAAUUUAUUGAAGACAUUGCUCAAGGUUGCCACCAAAUAUAAAACUGUGAGCCUUUCACAAGCAUUUCCUCCAGAGUUUCUACAUCCAUUGUUGCGUAUCUCCUGCAUCGAUGAUCCAGGCAUGCGCACCAUUGUGCAGAAGAUUCUGCACACACUGCUAGAUCGAAAUGGGAAUGCAAGCAAGCUGCAAAAUAUUACCAUUCCGAAAGAUAUUGCUUCACUCCAUCUUUCAUUAGCCACCAACCCUCGACAGGAGCUGCUUUUUAUGAAGAAGAGUGGGAUGCAGCUGUACUCUCAUAUACUGGAAAACCUGCAACUGGAAUCAAACCACAUUGAGAAUUUUGAGUCUAUCUACUGCACCAUGUGUCUUAUAUGUCUGGAAGUGGGUCAGGACGAGGUGUUAAUUGAACUCAUUCGACUGGCCCUGGAUAUUCAGCAAAUGGCUAUGAACAGCUCAACCCUUCCCAUGACUCAUGUCUGUGCCAUACACAGCCUUGUGGCAGCUUUCCUCAAUUUUAUAGCUCAGACAACCAGUGUCAGCUCUCUUUGUCCUUAUGUCCAGCAGGUGGUGGAAGUGAGGGAGAAGGAAGCACCACACUUGCUGCCUGACUUUGCCUUUAAUCAUUCCAACUGGUCUGACAACAGCUCCAUGGGAGAGCUAGAAGUGAGGGAUGAGUGGGUCUUCCAGCAGGAGACGAUUGCUGAGUGUUUGAGAAAUUGUGGCAUAGACGUCACCAGACUGAGUACACCUUUUACUGCACAGCUGAUUGCUAACACAGAUGACACAGGUGAUGGAGAUUUGAGUGUUAGUGAGAUGGGCUCAGUCAAUAUUGAAUUUGAGCAUAACGUGGACUCUUCACCAAAAACAGCAAGAAAAACUGAAGAAAUUACAGUUGACUCUUUGAAGAGAAUGCUAG